GCCAUGUUGAUCUCUCAUAUGGUGACUACGACUGAUCCGGCAUUACUGGCGAUGCUGGCAUCGGAUUCUUCAGAUUCUCCUUCAAGUGACACUUUUGAUUCUUCAUCAUCUUCAUCUUCAUCAACGGUAGAAGCACAAGCAGCAGAAACAAAAGCAGCCCCAGCAAAAGCACCAUCAGCGACAUCAGCAUCCUCAACAUCAUCCACAGCAACAACAUCAGAACCCUCCACCAAAACAACAGACUCCACAGUAAUCCCACUCACGACCAUCUUCACUCCCCCAGCAUCAUGUUCCACCCGCUUCACAUACGAGCCCCCAGCCUACAACACGUUCCAAAACGGCGUGUUGCUCCAAAAUGCCGUCGCAGUCGACUCGGCCUGUUUCCCACCUGGAUUCACCAAUCUGGGCAGAUUCCAAGGAUCACAGACUUUUAGCCCUGGAUACUGUCCGAUGGGAUAUACUUCGGCCAAUAUCAAUAUCAACGGGCCCCAGACUACUGCUAUCUGCUGUCUUCCAAACUUCUCCUACUCUUCCUCCUCCAUGUGGGCCGGAUGCAUCAGCAGCCUUCCCUCGUCCAGCACGACAAUCGUCUCUGUCCGCCACACGGGAUUAAACGAAGGCACCCAAGUCACCGGCCCCAUGAGCAUGAUAGCCCAGCCCAUCACGGUCCAACUCCAAGCCACAGACUCAAGUCUAUACGCCUCAGUCAUCGGCACUGCGUCUCCUCUCCCCUCUUCAAAAGCUCCCAGUUUCACCUCCGCCGCUCCUUCAUCCACCCCGUCAACUGGGCUAUCGACAGGUGCCAAAGCCGGGAUCGGAGCUGGUGUGGGCGUGGCUGGUGUUGCCUUCUUAUCGCUGAUCGCAUUGUGGUUCUUCCAUCGACAAAGAGCUCAGCGCAAGAUUCGGCUUCAGAGUGAGCAGCGGAAGGAUAGUUCGACUCGUGCGGUGGAGUUGGGGGGAUCGGAUGUUGCUCAGGAAUCGCCUGUUGAGUCUGAGCAUAAGCCCAAGGUUGUGCCUAUACAUGAAUUGAAAGAUACGCAUAUUCAUGAGCUGGCUGGUUAAUUGUGGUACCUUUUGUGUUUUAUCUAUUCUAUUCUUGUCACUUUUUUGUCUAUAUAGUAAUUUAGUAGGUAAGAUAGAUUGUUUACUUAUGGGAUAUAGUACUGCAGAUGAUUCUAUUAUUUCAUUUCCAGCAGAUCUGACCGGCCUUUUAAGAUCUUGAAUAUCUUUACAGCCAAUGACAAUAUUCCAG